AGUGAUCAUUCGAGGGAUCCGUGCCCAUGGGUGGUCCUGAAUGACUUUGGAGGUGCUUUUGCAAUGGGUGCAAUCGGUGGUACGGUUUGGCAUGGUGUUAAGGGUAUGAGGAAUAGCCCGAGAGGUGACCGAUUGGCAGGUUCGCUUGCGGCUAUCAAAGCACGAGCUCCCGUGGUAGGUGGGAAUUUUGGGGUAUGGGGAGGAAUGUUUUCAAGUUUUGAUUGUAUGGUCAAAGGGUAUCGACAAAAGGAAGAUCCUUGGAAUGCUAUUAUAUCUGGAUUCAUGACUGGUGGUGCGCUGGCAGCAAGGGGGGGAGUGCGGAGCAUGAUUGGAAGUGCGAUCGGUUGUGGUGUUCUCCUUGGUGUUUUUGAGGGUGUAGGUGUACUUUUCCAACGACUGCUGGCAGAAAACAACCGGCCUAUGGCUCCACCAGUA